AUGGUAAGCAGGAUCUGGAUCUGGAGCUUCUUGUCGGGAUUUUUGCCGCCUGAAUUCGGGCUAGGGUUCGGGAGCUCGAUCUCCUUAGGGUUUUGGUUUGUAAGCUGCUCGCCAUCGGAUCUGAUCCGGAUGGGAGGUCCUCUUUCUGGCCUCCCUCGGUGAAAUGCGCAGGCGAAUUCCGCGAAGCCCAUAUCCAGCCCCGUUCCACAAGAGUGGUACCCGACGCUGGCCUUUUUCAUGCUCGCCGUCGGCCUCGUUGCGACUGCCUCUUUCUUUAUGUAAGGCCAGAAGUUUCCUUUCCUCCGCUGUUUUCUGCAAAUUUAAAUUUACUUUUUAGUCUGAUUUUUAAAUCUACUUGAAUGAUCGCAAGAAAACAAUUGCCGAUCCAUCACAGAGGAUGAAAAUUUCCAAUCAUCGAUGCUAAUAAGGUUCAUAAUUACUAUACAAAGCUUGGGAGGGUUCUCGAGGAAUAGUUUCUUGGAGAAUUUGUAUCAGAUCAAUGAGCUAUAUAAACUUAAUACUUCCAGUUGGUUGGUGUUCGGAAUCAUUUCAUAUUUCUCCGUUUUAAAAAAUAAAUAAAUUAUGCUUGUUCAGUAUAUACACAGCAUAAAAUACAGUGGAACGAACGGGAAAGAUCUUUGUUCCUGGACACCAAUACUUGGGAUUUGGUGGAUGAUGACGAGCAAAUUUAAACAUGGCCAUAUAUUUUUCUGACUAUCUUCUUCUCGGACUAUAUCUAUAUAUGGUCUGCUUUUGCUUUAAAAAUGUGAGAAUGCUGGAGAUCAAUGAUGGAAGCAAAGGCCAUAGCUGAGAAUGCUCAGGCUGGGGAUAGGAGACAUGGUUAUUUCCCAUCAACUAGGCCAAAACUUAAAGUGGGCACACGAGAUUCGGACUGGCUUACCUCUGGUAAUUUUCAAAACAAGACAUCAUCUUUAACGAAAUGACAGUAAAAGUUUUGAAAUUUUUUGCCCUGGGUAAGCAAAACUGCAUAGUUCUCUCUGAGAGGAAGAUGUAAUUUAUGAACAAGAAGGCAUUCUAUUCGACCACGUAAGGUGACUGGCGACUAACCUUUGGUCUUCCAUCUUGAUAACAUAUAGAUUUAACUAAAUAGGACACAGGAAUAUAUGCUUGAGAUCAUAGCUUUGUUGAAUUUUGAAACUUGUGAAUGAAAUUGAUUAUAUAUAUUUGCCACAUGACUUGAUCCAAGAGGCGUGUUGAGGCUACAGAUAUUAGUAGUAAACGAUCAUCAUAUGACUUGUGAUUAGAAAGGAAAAUAUAUGUUCGUUUGUAUUCAGUUUACCGCAUAUACAUUUUUCUGUAUUUCAAUUUCAUGUAUCAUGGUAAUGGUUCACAGUGGCUCCCUUUUCUCGCAAACCUGCUUUUUUCUGUGUAUACUAAAUAGGAUCUUAGGUCAAUUUCAUUUCUAAAAGGAGUUUUUUUUUCUUUCUUUCUUUCUUGGGACCUUUCCCUUUGUUUCCUGAAAUUUCUCCCUUAAAGGAACUUGUCAACUUCAUAACUGAUGUAGCCCUAAGUGCUUCCUAGUGCUGUUUGUUAUCUCGUUGACUAUCUUACGUACCAGAGGGCAAUGAUAUUUAUGCACACGGCAGAUUAUUUCCCUUGUGAUUUUCAGUCCCCUUACCUUGCGUGACUUCUCUUUGGGAUGAACGAAAUCCUCACAGUUUGACAUCGUUUUGACUCAUUGAUCUUUCAUCCCCGAGUUGACCAGACUCAUAUGAGUUGACUCAUGCCGAACCUUACCCGUAAUGAAACUUGGCUGAGUUGACUCAUUGAUCGUUUUUUUUUUUCCUCACAUCGGGCCAGCAUUAUAAUCAAUCUAACCCCUUUUGUUUUCCUUUUCUUUUAUUUUGUUAGCUACGAAGCUACAGUGUCCAAGAAAAACCGCAGCGUGUUGAAAGAGCUUUCGACAGGCGCCGUUGCAUCUGUCUUCUUGGUACGCCAAUCUUCUUGAUUUCCUUUUUAUUUUUUUUUCUCCUCCUUUUUACCUUUUUUUUUUUUUCUGAAAAUAUCUCCACGGCAGGGUUUCGGAUCUCUCUUCUUGCUGCUCUCAGCUGGAGUCUACGUCUGA